AUGAGUGAUCCUCGAAUUCCCAAGCUCUACCACCGCAGCACUCCUCACUGGCAGCAAGAACAGCGCAACUCCUUCUGGUCGCUGAAUGAGGGCAAAGUGGCCCCUUUCAACACGCGGCCCGAUAAGCUUGAAGCCCGCGCUGAAGAAUCUCUGUCCGUCAAUGGCAGACUGUAUGCUCAGAGCAACGCUGGCAACAGCUGGACUCACUUGGCGAACCGGCAGGCCUUUUUCCGCCACCGACUGAUUCCACAUCAGCUCGUGGAUGUCAAUGAGCGAGACACUACCACGACAUUGUUUGGCCACAAGGUGUCUGCCCCGAUUGGUUUUGCCCCCAUCGGUAUCAACAAGAUCUACCACCCUAAGGGCGAGCUCCCCGUCGCCAAAGUUGCGGGCCAGCUUCGCUUGCCUUAUGCGCUCAGCACCGCCGGAUCGAGCACCAUUGAAGAUGUUGCUGCGUCGAAUGACGCCGGUCACCAAAUGCCCGACGCCGUCAAUGUUCAAGGCGCAGACAACGAUUCCCCGGUCCGCUUCUUCCAACUGUAUCUGCCCCAUGACGAUGAGCUGGCUGUCUCCCUGAUGAAGAGAGCGGUCGACCAUGGCUUUACAGCAUGUGUCCUGACGACCGACACAUGGCAACUUGGCUGGCGACAUGACGACGUCGCAACCUCCAACUACGCCUUCUAUCGCGGGAUCGGCGCGGAUCUAGGGCUCGCAGACCCGGUUUUCCAGAAACGCAUGCAAGAGGCGGGGAUCGACCCGAAGAAGCAGCCCGAGGAGGCCGGUGCGAUGUGGAUAGACAAUGUUUGGCACGGCCGGGCGUUCAACUGGGAGAAGAUCCCCUGGCUGAUUAAGACGUGGAAGGGGCUGAGUGGCGGAAAGCCGUUUUGUAUCAAAGGCAUCCAAUCUGUCGCCGAUGCCCAACGUUGCGUGGACUUGGGUGUCGACGGCAUCGUGGUCUCGAACCACGCGGGCCGCCAAGUCGACGGCGCAAUUGCCAGCCUCGACGCUCUCGAGAACAUCGUCAACGCCGGACUCGGCGAGAAACUAACCGUCAUGUUUGACUCGGGCGUGAGAGGCGCCUCGGACGUCAUCAAGGCCUUGUGUUUGGGCGCAAAGUUUGUCUGGGUCGGUAGGAUGUGGAUUUACGGGCUGAGCAUCAUGGGCGAAGAGGGCGUCCGCCACGUCAUGAAGUGCCUGCUUGCCGAGUUCGACAUCUCCAUGCUCACAGCCGGAAUGCGGAAUAUUGAUGAGAUGCAAAAGGAUCGUCUGGAAAGCUACCCCAGGGGAUACACACUGAUUGCACAUAAAGCCAAGCUCUGA